AUGAGCGCCAGCAAUGUCCGCGCCAGCUCCACCCACUCCAACGCGUCCACCCUGAGGCCGAGGACCAAGCGAUUGAUAUCGGGCCUGGAUGAGGGCGACGAGACCAACUUCGAUCCUAUCAAUGCCGCCACCACCCGCAUAGCAUCACCUCUCCCCUCGCCCUUCGAUAGCCGAUCCGCCUCGCCCAUCCCUUCUGCCCACCCCCAGCGACCAAGUCCCAAUGCGCGGAGAAACCAGGGGCCGAGCUCCUCUGGAUCGCCCAGUAGAGCUGGAUCAUCAAGACAGAGAAAGAAUACCGCCGACUCCCCCACAUUCGCUGGAAUAUGGGGCAAUUCAUGGAACGCUUUGCAGGGCAUCGCGUCCGAUCUGUUGGGCAAUGAACUGAGUAACCCCGAUGGCACAGACAGACCACGCGUGAGACGGCCUCUCAGCAAGCUCCACAGCCACAGAAACACUUCAUCGAGCGCACCGCCGAGUCAAUGGGGUCCCUCAGCGCCUACAUCACAUCCGCGAUCCCAAGGUAUUGGCGGCGGCACCAAAGAGGAGCAGAUAGCCGCACUUCGCGCGCAAAAGAAGAAGGAUAUGUUGACAAGGCAAGAGAGCAGCUAUCCAGAUGCUCUUGGCAAAUUCAAACGGCGCCUUUCGGAUGAUCGGAACUCAGUCUCGGCACCGCCUGGUGAGAAUGAAGAUCGGGAGGCCCUUGUAUACGUGCAUCCUGUGAAGAAGGAUGAGACCUUGGCCGGGAUAACUAUCAGAUACAACAUAUCUGCCAAUGCGCUGAGGAAAGCCAACCGAAUGUGGCCGAAUGACACCAUUCAAUCCCGUCAGACCUUGAUCUUACCCGUGGAUGCAUGUGGAGUGAAAGGCAAACGAGUGGAUGGUCCGCAAGGUGACCUGGAUCUGCUGAGCUCUGAGAGCGAGGCACUGUCUUUUCUACAAGCAGAAGAGGUCGCCACUCCUACUGCAGCUACAUCUUUACCGAACGGAACUGUCAAUCAUGCGAACAGGGAUCGCACAAACUCUACCUCUACGAACACAACCUCAUCUAUUGCUGCCUCAAGUGUGGAAUCUGAACCGCCCUGGAGGCAUGAUUCUUGGGUGCUUCUUCCUGGAGACACCAGACCUACUGUGAUUGCAAGACUGCCGAGGAGAGCCUUGGGAUAUUUCCCUCCCGCGCGACGGAAAAGCAACAGUUUCUCUGACCUGGACACCCCUUCGUCUUCUUUAGACCUUGUUCGUUCCGGAACCAACGAUAUAAGCAACUCAACAUCGCCGUUGCGACAAACACCACCUCGGCCGUCUCGAGGCCGUCGUCUCAGCAACGCCACAACUGGCUACUACCCAGCGUAUCUGACAGGUCCUGGCGGUGUUGGAUCGAUGAGUAGGAACGUUCGCCAUCCCGGCCCGGCGCAGGACGGGCUGAACAAGAUGUUCGCCAAGCAUCUGCCGGACGUGGCACCACCUCGCAAUCAAAGUUCCCUCUACCAACCCGACCUACCUCUCUACAGCGAUAAUCCCACGCUGGCAGGAUCUGGAAUGGCGACACCAGCCUACCCUAACUCGAGCGGACCUAAUCUCAACCUCAAUCUUGAGAAUGUUGGGGGAGCCAUUGAGUCUUGGGUAAGACGGAUUGCGACCAAGAGUGUAUCGACCCCUCAAGACAGGUAUCAGGCGGCUCGUGUCUCUGUGGGCACACCAGGUAGAGGUGCCGGCGGCAUAGGGGAUCUCAUCGAGAUGACUGAUGAGUUUGAGAUUGGUGGAGCUGACGACGAUGAGGAAGAAGAAAGAGGACGGUCCGGAUCGAAUCCAAACGUCUCUGCUGAUAGACCGACUAGUACGGCAACCAGCUAUUUUGAUGGCGCUGCUGUGAGAGGGAGAGGAAUGCCCGGCAAUGGCGCAAAGGCUGGGAAGAGUGGCAAGUCUGAUUGA